UGGAACUUUGAAGAUGGAGGGAGAACGCGAGGAAAAAGUGAAGUCAGAGCAAAUCAUUAAUGUUGAGAAAUAUCGUCGGCUCGUAAAAUCGUAUAUUGAUUUGCACCUGUACAGCGCGGCGUUAUUCUGGGCCGACAAGGUAGUGUCCUUAAGUAAUGGGGAGGCUCGAGAUGUGUACUGGUUAGCACAGUGCAUGUUCCUCAUGAAACAGUACCACCGAGCAGCACAUUUAAUUCGAAGCAGAGGCCUCGAGAAGACACACGUGCUGUGCCAUUACCUUGCUGUUCGCUGUCUGCUUGAAGCACGGGAGCUCUCAGAAGCCCUAGAGGUUCUGACAGAUGCAGAAAAGGAAGGGGUUCUAUUCCCCAACAUGUGCACCAGUUUCGAUUCCAAUGUUCCAGCAGGCUUUGAUGAUAUUACACCUAACUUGACCAGCUCAGUUCUUUUUCUGAAAGGUCGAGUGUAUGAAGCAAUGGAUAACAGGGGGCUGGCCGCAGACUGCUACAAGCAAGCGUUGCGCUCUGAUGUGCACUGUUACGAAGCAUUCGAAGCACUUGUCCAGCAUCAGAUGCUGUCUGCACAGGAAGAACAAGAAUUGCUGGAGUCGUUACCUGCAUCACGCCAGUGUAUCGAUGCAGAAGAGCAGCUGUUGCGAUUGUUGUAUGAGAGCAAACUGAAGAAGUACCAGUCGCCGAGUGAGUCACUGCCACCUCCUCCACCUGCUCUUGCUUCGAAUCUAGAUGUAGCUGUGGCGCAGGCUGAACGCCACUACUACAACUGUAAUUACCAGCAGUGCAGUCGCAUCACUGAGGAAGUCCUGAAGAAGGAUCCCUAUCACAGUGGCUGUCUGCCUGUCCACAUUAGCUGCCUAGUGGAGCUCAAGAAAGUUAAUAAAUUGUUCUAUCUUGCCCACCGGUUGGUAGACCUUCAUCCCGAGAUGGCCAUCGCCUGGUAUGCUGUUGGUUGCUACUAUUAUGUUAUUGGAAAGAGUGACCCAGCGCGAAGGUACCUUAGCAAGUCAACAGCGCUAGACAAACUCUUCUCCCCAGCCUGGCUUGCUUACGGACAUUCUUUUGCGGCAGAAAAUGAACAUGACCAGGCCAUGGCCGCAUACUUCAAAGCUUCACAGCUUAUGAAAGGUUGCCACUUGCCGCUGUUGUACAUUGGACUUGAAUGUGGCUUGACGAACAAUGUGAAGCUUGCAGACAAAUUCUUUCUGCAGUCCCAGAGCAUAGCCCCUCAGGACCCCUUCGUGAUACAUGAGAUGGGAGUAAUCUGCUUCCAGAAUCGUGAUUAUGAAGCUGCAGAACGCCAUUUUUCAGAGGCGCUGUCUCGUCUGCAGGCCAUCAAGGAGCCAGUUCUACCCAACAAGUGGGAACCUCUCUUCAACAACCUCGGUCACACAUAUCGUAAGCUGCAGAAAUAUGAGGACGCUCUUGAAUAUCAUCGCCAGGCUCUUGUCCUUUCGCCUUCCAAUCCAUCAACAUAUUCUGCUAUAGGCUUCAUACAUGCAAUAAUUGGCAACACUGAUGAAGCCGUCGAUGCGUUCCACAAGGCGUUAGGCUUACGGCGAGAUGAUACGUUCAGCACGACGAUGCUGAGUUACGUGAUUGAACAGCUAGCAGAGGAGACGCCCCCAUUUCAAGGUGCGCCGAAACAAAUACCACCAUUUGAUUUCCCAACACCGAUGCCACCAUUAACUGUGGGUAAAACAGAUGUGUCUGCAGUUAACUUGGACUCGGUGACUACACCUGGUUGCAGCGAUACCAUCUUAUCGAAUGGCACACCCCAGUACGAAGUGGAUAUGCAAGAUUCGUCACUUGAGGAAGCACGCCAUGAUGUCACUUGAAACGCUCGUCAUCGUAGGUUACUGUCAUCUCACAGAGGAGGGACAUGAAUGCUUGCUGCUGAUCAGAACUUGAAUGAGGUCUUGAGGUAUGUCUGUGCCCUACAGAGCAAACAGUUUGUAAGGGGCUAGGAGCGGGAGGGCCAAAUCUUGAAAGCUGAGUGAAUAAGGGGAAGUUGGUCACUUACAUGGAAGUUCUGUGUGUGUGUGAACAUGUAGACAGAUUUACUGUGUUGGAUAUGAGGAAUUCGUAAUGACAAAUUGCUUCAUGAGUUGCAAAAUUCAAUAUGACAUUCACUUGCUUCUUCUUGUCCAUUUGCCAUCACAUGUCACAUUUUAUUAUUGCAGUGGAAUGUCAGUUGUGCAUCAUAACUGCAUGUGGGCCCGCAGAAUGUUUUACAGUAAGUCAAACUGUGUGUACCUGGGUAUACAUCAAUCAGUCCCUCUUCCUCGAGAGAUACGUAGUCUUACAAUAAAGUUUGCGGACUCGUCGCAGUAAGAGUGCUGCAAGCCUCGCUACUAAAUAUUGCUGCGGUCACUUUCAAAGUACUGCCCUUGGGAAGGUACGCGCCGAUGCCAGCGCCUAGUCCACCCUUCAAAAUGCCUUCCUUUCAGUAUUUAUUUUAUCUUCAGGAACAGAAAAAAAGUCAUUGGUGGCUAGAUCUGUAGAACAGGGAGAGUGUUCCAGCACAGUUAUUUGUUUACUAGCUUGAAACUCCCUCACAGACAGUGUUCUCUGGUGAGCUCAUGUGGAACCAUUUUUGCACACACUUUCCUCAUGUCAAGGUCUUCAGUUAAGAUUUUCCUAACCGUUUCUGUGUCGAUGUUUGCUUGCUCUGCUGUGCACUUGACAGUCAGCCCACAAUUCUCACCCACAAUUUGAUAAACUUUUGCAAUGUUUUCUUCAGUUUGCUCGUUGCUGACUGUCCUGAUCUCUCUUCAUCAGUGACAUUUUCUCUUCCCUUAGAGAAACGUAUCACCCACUUGCAAACUGCUGUUUUCUUCACAGCCUUAUCCCCGUAAACUUGCACUAACAUCUCUCUGAUUUCGCUUCUGCUCUUGCCAAGUUUAACAAAAAAUUUAGUGUUCAUUUGUUGCUCUAAUUCAAGCUCCAGCAUUCUCGCAGUGGCACAUCAAAACACACUCAGAAAGUGACUGCAACACAGCUGUAAAACACUGGUAUGCCAGUGUCAUCAAAUCAUACUGAGGUUUCUGUCCACUGCUGCCACAACAAGCACAUGGUGGCGAGUUUGCGAACUUUGGGAUGUUGUCAGACCUCGUGAGUUCAUGAAUAGGACUGUAAUUCUCCCAGUUUCAACAUUGAAACAGAUUUUUUUUAUAUUUUUAACACCAAAUCAAAGUUUUCACUAGGUAAGGGUUAUACAGGAUUAUAAAAAAUUGUCAGACUACGUGAAAGACACUGUACAAUUAUGAUAAAAUACAAUUUCUUUAUUAAAACCGUCACAACACAAAUAUAUUAAGGUCAGUGCAUAGUUUGGCUCUGCCAAU